UCGCGCUCACCGUAUUCGGCUGGCAGGUGCCCGCUUCACCAGGUUCAGCGGUAUGGGGGAUCCUGGACCCCGAGACGAGAUGGACCCUCGCCGAGCGACCACCGCACAGGGACCGUGCAGGCGGUUCAUACCGGGGUAGAGGAGAGGAGAGUGUCAGUAAGUGAGCUACAGAGGAGGCGGUGUUUUCUGGGAGUCAAUCAGACCUGGAGUCACUGCUUGGUAGGAUAACGAGGAGAGACGGACGUGAGGGAGCUGGGAAGUCGACUUAACUUAACUAAAUACCGCAUUGAAGUGAGCGGAGACAAUGAAUAAAUUGGUGAUUACGAGCCGGUCCGGUCAGCCUGGGCGAAACGAAACAGGCUGGGCUCGUCCAGUGUGAAGUCGGCUCCCAUCUGUUGACUUCUCCGCCGGGCGGCGAUGUCCGCUUUCUGCCUGAAUCUGCAGACGUCUGCCGUGGUUUCAGCACCACUAGAGCUGGACAGCGACUGCAUGGAGCCACCCGGCAGCCCCGGCGCUCAGGAGCCCGGCGGCUUUCAGAGCCACCCGCCGCCGCGGCGCGCCGGCUGCGGAGGCCUCGGCACGGCCUUGGAGGAGGAACUGGCCAUGAUCACCGGGGAGCGGGGAGUCGACGAGGAGCUGGCGGAGCUGGAGGCGCCAGCGGUGGGGCAUAGCGCAGACAUGCUGUUGCUCUUCCGGCAAAAAGAGAAGGACUUGGUUUUAGCAGCUAAACUGGGCAAAGCGCUGCUGGAGAGAAACCAAGACCUGACCAAGCAAUACGAGAAGAUGCACAAAGAUCUGUGUGAGAAGUUGGAGCUCCUGGAGCAGGAGAAGCACGAGUUGCGGCGGCGCUUCGAAAGUCGAGAGGGUGAGUGGGAGGGCCGCGUGGCCGAGCUGGAGACGGACGUCCAGCACCUGCAGGGCGAGCUGGAGCGCCACCAGGUCCAGCUGAGGGAGGCGGACAGGGACAAGACCAAGGCCAUCAGCGAACUUUCUGAACAGAACCACAGGCUACUGGAGCAACUCAGUAGGGCUGCAGACGUGGAGAGGCAGCUGUCCACUCAGGUCCAUUCGUUACGGGACGACUUCAGGGAGAAGAGUCUGUCUACAAGACAGCACAUGACACGCCUGGAGACGCUGCAGGCUGAGCAAGGGCUAGAAAUUAAGAUGCUGUCGGAGAGGAAGAUGGAGCUGGAGCGCCGGGUGACCGCCACCAUCGAGGAGAACGAGCUGCUGCAGAACACCGUGGACGACCUCCGGGAGCGGACGCUGGUGCUCGAGAAACAGUGCCACGAAAAGGACCUUCAGUUGCGACAAAGCCAGCUGGAGCUUCAGGAAGUCCAGGUGUCCCACAGACAGCUGACGGCUAAGUUGGCCGAGUUAACGGAGGAGCACAGUCUUCAAACUCUCAGCCCCCACCCGUCCAACCUGCUGUGUGAGAUCGAGCAGAGCAUGGAGCAGGAGGAGCAAGAGCAGGAGAGGGAACAGCUGCGUCUACAACUUUGGGAGGCCUAUUGUGAAGUUCGCUCGCUCUGUUCCCAUCUCAGAGGAAACGAUGUCACAGACUCAGCACUCUCCACCGACUCGUCCAUGGACGAGUCCUCGGAGACGUCCUCGGUCAAGGACGUGCCUACAGGGAGCCUCCACACCAGCCUAUUAGAGCUACGGAGGUUAACACAGAAUCUGCUGGAUGGGAAUGAGUCUACGGGUUCACGGCGCAGUGAUGAGGAGGCUCUAGAGGAGCAGGUGAGGAAGAUGGGAGAAGAACUGCAGGAGGUCAGAGAGCUUUAUGAAGCGGAGCAGCACAAAACACGCGGCAACGAAGAGGAGCUGCUGCAGAUGCACAAUCAGAUGGCGCUGCUCUCCAUCGAGAUCUGCUCUCUGAGGGAAGAGAACGAGCGAAUGAGGGCGAUGGCGGACGUCCGAGAACCCAGUGAGCAGCUCCAGAGCGCCAUCAGAGACCGAGACGACGCCAUCGCCAAGAAGAAAGCUGUGGAAAUGGAGCUGGCUAAAUGUAAAAUAGACAUCAUGUCUCUGAACAGCCAGCUUCUGGACGCCAUCCAGCAGAAACUCAACCUGUCACAGCAGCUGGAGGCUUGGCAGGACGACAUGCACAGAGUGAUUGACCAGCAGCUGAUGGACAAGCACCAGGACGAGUGGCGCUCGGUCCACGCCGCGCUGUCCGGAUCGUCGAGGAGUCAGUCCCCGAGGCGAGCUCGCCGCGUCUCUGAGCGGGACAAGAGACUUUUCUCUUUUUUCAAAAAGAACUGAUCCCUGUUGGAACUGGCCCUUAAAGCACAGCGGAGACACGCAGGGACAGACGGAGGUGAGGGAGUGUCGGGGUAAACAGCUCAGCCAAAGACAGGCGCUGGUAGACAGGGGCUGAUGUUGGGGGGGAGGUUCAGAUCAUUUUGCACUUUAUCUGUCCCAUUGCUCUGCUCCUUACUGAAAGGAAAUGAAAAUGAAGGUAAAAAAUAAUAAUAAAUAAAAUCAACACUUCCCCAGA